AUGAUCAGAGUCAUAGCUAACGUGGCGAUUGUCGAUCGCGUCACCUCGAGAUUGGGAGCACCACUGCAAAUGGUUGGAAACCUCUCUAAUACCUACUCGGGUGCUAAGAAGGUAUCACCAGCAGAGGCUCCCACAAGGGCUGCCACUCCCUUCAAUGUGGAGGCGAAAGUCUUCGUGCCAUCCUCGUCUGGAGAGAUACGAAAAACGUCGUCAAGUUUUAAUCCUAAUGCAGAGGCGUUUGUCCCGAUGGGAAGUGCUCCUAUCAAGGACCCUAGGGAGAGUGUGCUUAACGAGCUGAUGGAGGAUCGGGUUGUUGUAGAAGGAAAUGAUGGUGGGAAUGGAGAGGUAUCCGAGGUUGCCUGUGGAAAGGUGGUUAUUGAUAGAGCUCAGUGGGAGCAUACGGAGGAGUUGGAGAUAUUCAAACGGAUGAUAGUAGUGGUCGUGAGAUACUACCAAGGUAGUCACAAUUUGAAGAGCCUGCGAGAACGAUUUGGAGUGGUGAAAUUGAUGCCGUUUUUACGCUCGAUUAAGGAGUUGGACCUAGUUGGCGUUCACCCUGAGGUCAGAGUUAGAGUGAAAACGGAGUAUAUGGGGGAGCUUCCUGUUGCGGCGGAAUCUCGCGGUGAUUUGAAAAAUAUAUUACCGUUUCUGGCCUCUCCUGGUGAAUACCCUCCCAUCACUAAUGUGGAGUUAUUGACUAAAUUGACUGGUGCUCUUCCGAAGGGAUGUGGUAAGAGGAGGUGGAGGGAGGCCGGGAUUGGGUCUACCACCGAUGCCAUCGUCAAUGCUGAUGGGAAGGAGUAUGAUUCAAAACAGGUCCAGGGUGGCACCCCCUCAGCGGCAACAGCCGUCGUAGCUCAGCAGCUGCUACGUAGUCAACAAGAACUUAUGCAACAGUUGGGCGCAGGCUCGUCUGCGGCGAUAGAUUCUCUUAUGGAAGAGUUGUUAUCAACGUCGAGUCCGGAUUUGGGUCAUGUAGAGGAGGUUGUGAAGCAGCUUGAGUGUGUGAAUGGUGAUUUGUCGGAAAACGAUGAAGAGACUUUCUCCAGAGAUAUGUGGCUGAGCCUGGGGACGUUUCGUCGCCUUAUAGUGAAGGCAGUUGAGGUUGUAUGCAGAGAACAAGAUAUCAAGUGGCGUGGUAUGGGAGGGAGGGUGGAGCGGUCUCUGGUGAUAGGCUGUAGCUCAGCUGAGCUCGCUGAGAAGUGGGAAGAGAUGUAUCCACAGCUGCAACCUCUGGAGUCGUUCUAUCUACCCUAUUUCGGUGUUGAUGAUCUCGAGAGGUUCAAGUCGGCAUUUCCCGAAUUAUGGGUUGUUCGGUUGGGAGAGAGGACUUGUGAUGUGAGGGUGAGUACGAUGGGGCAUGUGGAGAAGUACUGUAGUGUGGUGCCUGGGAGGAAGGGGGUGGAGGAGAAGUUGAAGGAGCAGUUGAGGAGGUUGUUAACAGAGUUGGUGUGGAGGAGGUGUCAAGAACAGCGGCUGGAGGAAGUAGAUAGGAGGGCUCGGCGAGGUGAAGGGGAGUGUGGGGAGAGGCUCAGGGAGGAGAGGAGGAAGAUGGAAUAUGCAGUUGAGAGGAAAGUGAGGCGGCUAGAGGGAACACCGAGCGGCGUCAGGGAAGGAGGCCGGCACCGAUUGACACUUCGAGGAGUCCAGAAAGGGGUUGAGGGGGUAUUGGUGGAGGAUGUGAAGAAGGUGUGGUAUGAGGUUUAUUCGCGGCACUUGCAGGCGCUGUUGGAUAUGUGUGGUGUGCGCAAGGUACUCACGUUGCUUCGGAGCUGUCCUUGUAUCGUCGUCGAAGGGGAGGGGUUAGAGGCGCGAUGUUUGGUGCGUGUGAGAAGGCCGCUGGUUUCUGUACAGCCGUUUGCGAGACCAUCUAUAGUGACGCCGGAGACGGUGCCGCUGCCGACGCCGAUGAAGGGGGGUGUUCCUCAAUCUCAGGGUGGAGUAGAUGAGGAGGAGGAAGAGCGGUUGGCGAUGGAGAAGUUACUAAGGCAACUUAUUAUGCAUCAUGACGGGGAGAGGGAGGAGAAGGAGGAGAAGGAGUUGACGUAUUCUAAGGAGAAAAUGCUGUCAGUUCGAACGGCUAUGCUACGCUACGGCGUGUUGGAGGGCCCUCUGUCUGCUUUUCUCUAUGGCCUCGGACGGCUCGUUGCGCUCAUCAUUGGAUGA